GCCGCUCUCUCCCUGCGCACUGCCCUCGCGCCCCGCAGGUGCCGGCGCCCGCUCCCCUGCGCCCUUCCCUUCCCAGACGCGGCGUCCCCUCGCCAGCCCUGCCGCAUCCCGGGAGCCCUCGCUGCGGUAUGGAGCCCAACGCGUCGGGCAACGCGUGCGCCCCGGGGCUGGUGCCGGAGCCCGGCUGGGCGCUGCACCCCGGGCCGCACGCCGCCCACUUCUCGGCGCCCGCUGCCGCGCUGCUGGCGGCGCUCAUGGCUCUGCUGGCGCUGGCCACGGUGCUGGGCAACGCGCUAGUCGUGGUGGCCUUCGCCGUGGACCGCAGCCUGCGCUCCCGCGGCAACUUCUUCUUCCUCAACUUGGCGGUCGCCGACCUGCUGGUGGGCGGUUUCUGCAUCCCACUAUACAUCCCCUACGUCCUGACCGGGACAUGGAAGUUCGGGAAGGGGCUGUGUAAAGUGUGGCUGGUGACGGAUUACCUGAUGUGCACCGCCUCGGUCUUCAACAUCGUCCUCAUCAGCUACGACAGGUUCCUCUCCGUCACCAGGGCGGUGACUUACAGGGCCCAGAAAGACAUGACCAGGAGUGCCAUCUCCAAGAUGGCGCUGGUGUGGGUGGCAGCAUUCCUCCUGUACGGGCCUGCCAUCAUCGGCUGGGAGUACAUGGCCAAAAGCAGCAUCCUGCCCCAGGGGGAGUGCUACGCUGAGUUCUUCUACAACUGGUACUUCCUCAUGACGACUUCCGUCAUUGAGUUCUUCACCCCCUUCAUCAGCAUCACUUACUUCAACUUGAGCAUCUAUACCAACAUUCGGAAGCGCACUUCCCUGAGGAAGGCCAACACUGGCCCCAGCCAUGACAGCUUGGAGAUGGACUUCCAGAGGAGGCAAAACAAACACUUCAUAUUUUUCAAGUCAGCUGAGAGGACAAGCCAGAAGAGAAAAGACCAGGACAUCCCCCUUACACACAAGGGGUCUUCCUUGGGUGUUUGCAGGACUCAAGAUUUACCCCCUCUCCAGGUGGACCAUGGAAUGAGAGCAACCCAGUGGCGGCAGAAUCACUACAGGGCAGACAAGGUCUGCAAUGCCCCAGGGCAGCUGGACCUCCGCAGCACUAGGGCCAGCCGCCUGCAGCUCUCCCGGGACAAGCGAGUGGCUAAGUCGCUGGCCAUCAUCGUGUGUGUGUUCGGCCUGUGCUGGGCUCCCUACACUUUGCUGAUGAUCAUCCGAGCUGCCUGCCAUGGGACAUGCAUCCAGCACUCUCUCUAUGAAACAUCCUUCUGGCUCCUCUGGUUGAACUCAGCUAUCAACCCUGUCCUGUAUCCACUGUGCCAUGUGAGUUUCAGAAAAGCAUUCAUCAAACUGCUGUGCCCUGGGAAGGCCAAGAUCCACCCUCAUAUGUACGUGUGACAGAUAUGCUUCCUGGGCCAGAUCAUCUAAACUUCUUGUUCUCCGAAAGUCAGUAAAGGCUUCCCUAAAUCACUCCCACUCACUUCAUCUUGUCUUUGCCCCAAGGAGACAUGGCGCCCAUAGCAAAAGCAAGUGAAGGCAUGGGCAUCUGGCACUGUGGUUAGGAAAAACUUGGGACACCCACAUCUUGUAUUACAGUGCCUGGGACUGAGUCCUGCCUCUGCAUCUGAUCCAGCCUCCUGUUAGUGUGCAUGCUAGGAGGCAGCAGAUGAUGGUUUAAGUACUUAAGUCCCUGUCCACCCAUAUGGGAGAGUUCGGUUGAGAUCCAGGCUCCUGGCUUUGGCCUGGCCCAGCCCCAACUGUCGAGGGCAUUUGCAGAAUGAACCAGUGAAUAGAUCUCUGU